AUACUUUACCUGCUUGACUCACGAAGUCAAUCUAUGAAGAAAAAUCAAAACUAUAGUUGAUGCAUUACUUGGUUUAUUCACUUUAUACCUAAUUGAUGUGAAAGUCUGCAAGGACUAUUAUCAUAUUAUCAUGGCGGAUCAUGAUGCAGAAUCCUGCUCCUCACAAUUCAUAUACGAUGUUUUUCUGAGCUUUAGAGGCUCCACAAGAUGUGGAUUCACGGAUAAUCUCUACACCGCUUUGACCAAUAAAGGAAUCACUACUUUUAGAGAUGAUGAGAAUCUUAGAGUUGGUGAUAGAAUCAGAGAUACUCUUCUUGAAGCCAUUAAAAGAUCCAGGAUGUCCAUUGCUGUGGUGUGUCAGAACUACGCCUCUUCAGCAUGGUGCUUGGAUGAACUUGUCCAAAUCAUGGAGUGCUCUAACAAAGGAACAAAACGACCAGUUUUCCCAAUUUUUUACCAUGUGGAUCCAUCAGAUGUCAGGCAUCAGAAGAAUCAAUAUGACCAAGACAUGAAGAAGCAUGAAAGCAGAUAUGGCAAAGACUCGCACAAGGUACAAGCAUGGAGGUUGGCUUUGCAGGAAGUUAGCAAUCUAAGCGGAAAGCAUUGUAAAGUGCAUAGCUAUGAAAGUGAGAUGAUCAAGAGUAUUGUUGAAGAGGUCUCGGCAAAGCUUCCUCCUGAACCACUAUAUAUUAAGCAUCCAAUUGGUUUUGAUUCUCACUUUGAAGCGGUGGAAUCACUUUGGAAUAUCAAAUCUCAUAAUACCAUUUGCAUGUUGGUCAUUUAUGGAGAUGGUAACAAGACCACAUUUGUUGGAGAGUUGUUUAACAAGUUCCGGCAUCAAUUUCAAGCUGCGAUUUUUCUUGAUAAAGUCUCUGAAAAAUCAAGAAGUGUUGAUGGCCUAGAAAACCUCCAAGUAGCACUUUUGUAUGAGAUGGGUGUGCAUAAAAAACCUAAGCUGGGAAGCACAUUAAAAGGAUCUUCUGAUAUAAAACAAAGUCUCCGCAAUAAAAGAGUCCUUCUGGUUCUUGACGAUGUUGAUGAUACCGAACAGUUGGAUUCUUUGGCAGGAGGAGGUGAUUGGUUUUGUCCUGGUAGUAGAAUUGUUAUAACAACAAGAGAUGCCAAUUUUCUAAAUAAUCAAGUGUUAGAUGGAUUCAAGAUUGAGAAAUAUUGCAUUAAUGAAGGUGAAUUUGAUAGAAUGGAAGCUCUCGGGUCAAAUCAAAAGCAAGAUAAGGUAGUCGAGGAAGACAUGGUGGGCUUUGAGAAUAUCUUCAACGAUGUAACUAAGCAGUUGAAGGAAAAUGACUCACGUGUUGAUGUUAUCUCCAUAAUAGGCAUGGGUGGAUUGGGUAAGACUACUCUCGCUAAAAAAAUUUACAAUAAUGAGGUGAAGAAGUUGUUCUCUUGUUGUGUGUGGGUUACUGUUUCUAAGGACUACAAAGCCAAGGAGCUUCUUCAAAGCCUUCUGAAAGGUUGUGGGUUAUGGGAGUCCAUUAAAGGCAAAGACAUAAGCGAGGAUGAUCAAAAGAGCAAGGUCCAAAAGUUCUUAGAGAAGAAGAAGUAUUUGAUAGUGCUUGAUGACGUAUGGGAGCCUGAAGUUUGGGAUGAGGUAAAAUGCGUAUUUCCGAAGAACAAUAAUGGUAGUGCAAUAUUGAUAACUAGCCGUAAUGAUGGUGUGGCAAACUAUACAGGAUCAAGGUCUUACUACCCUCCAUUGCUAGAAAAAGAUGAAAGUUGGAAACUUUUCUGCAAGAAGGUCUUUAAGGGAGGAGAGUGCCCAUCUGUUCUAGAAUCUAUUGGUAGAUUAAUGACUGAAAAAUGUAGAGGCUUACCACUUGCUAUUAUCACCUUGGCGGGGGUUGUCGGGAAGAAGAAGAGACUAACAGUUGAGUGGAUGAGAAUCAUGCGCAGUGUCAUUUGGUAUCUUGCUAAAGAUAACAGUAAAGUCACCGAGGUACUGAAGCUUAGUUAUGACAGCUUGCCACAACGAUUGAAAACAUGUUUUCUAUACUUUGGGAUAUAUCCCGAAGACUAUGCAAUUCCUGUGAAACGAUUGGUACAAUUAUGGAUUGCUGAAGGGUUCAUACAACCGCCAGAAAUAGGAAUAUCAGAUGGUCUAGAAGUAGAAGAUAUUGGUGAAGAGUACUUGAAUGAGUUGGUGGAUCGCAGCUUGGUGAUGGUGGCAAAAAGAAGGAGUGAUGGAGGAAUCAAAAGCUGCCGGAUUCAUGACCUUCUCCUUGAUCUUUGCAUAUCAGAGAAUAGAGCUGAAAAAGAUAUAGUGUUCUGCACGGAGAAAGACAUUAGAUCCCUUGGCAACUUCAAAUCCUGUAGGUUGUCCCUCCGAGGGAACGACUUGGAUUCAUUUAAUCAGUGUGAUCACUCCCGCAUCCAUUCUUUAAUGUGCUUUUGGAAAUAUUAUGAUAUAAAAAACGCGUUGAUCAAUGUAACGAGUUUCGAUUCAGCUCGCAUUCUGGACUUUGGAGAUCCCGCUUUUGGUUUAUCAUCACAAGCGGCCCAGAACUUGGGUACAUUCAUCCAUUUAAGAUACUUGAGACUACAUCAGGAUCCAUACCUCGAGAAUCAUUGUGAUUUCAUUUGCUUCCUUGCGAAUCUAGAAACUCUAAUUGUUGAAGAGAAUUAUGAUUUUUCUUUUGAGCUCCCGCAUGGAAUAUGGAGGCUCAAGAAACUGAGACAUCUUGAAGGGUGGCUAAGGAUGACGAGUAAGACUGCUCCACCAGACAUGUCAAAAGAAGAAUGUUUGCCGAAUCUCCAAACUCUCCAAUUUGUCUUUUUUGAAGAAAAAUUGACAAUGUCCUCCGUUGUUAAUGGAAGAUUCCCCAAGCUGAGAAAAUUGGGUUUGGCGCGGGAUUUUGGAAGUGAAUGCACAGAGCAUGAACAAUUACAAGGCUUGCAUCACCUAAAAAAUCUGGAAAAACUAAAACUAGUGGACUUUGGUGAAUUGCCACAAGCACAUGAAUUUCCCUCCAACAUUACCAAGAUAACGAUAACGACAUCAGCAUUUUCGUAUGACUGUGGCAUCAGGUACAGUUACUUGAAUACUCUAGGAGACCUUACCAGCCUCCAUGUUCUUAAAGUAACCUCACCAGCGGCACACCGUGGGGACUCUCUUCGCUUUGCUGCUGGAAGCUUCCCAAAUCUUGAAGUGCUUCAUUUGACAAGUAUGCAGGUCAGAGAAUGGAUAUUAGAGGAAGGUGCAAUGCCAUCUCUCCAACACCUAAUCAUCGGCGACUAUGACUUGGAUGAGCUUCCAGAGCAACUGUGGUCCUUGACUAACUUGCAAGAUGUGCUUGUUUUUGCCCCAAACCCAGCAUUGAGAAAUAGCCUCCAACGUGUUAAGCCCAAGAAUGGUUGUAAGCUCAUCUUAAAACGACGGGAUAUGGUGAAGAUGGUGAUGGAACUAUAGCAAGCUCAUCAAGAACAAUUUUGUGGUUUCAAAGAAGCAGACAAGGCAAGUGCACAUAGUGGAUUUGCCACCAAAAUAGUUUUGUCGCUUACAAGCCCAAGAUGUUACAGAUGUGAAGGAUUGAAGAGAUAUUCUUAGAUGGGAUAUGCGAGAGUAAACCAGAGAGCUGUUCUAUUUUGGAUGUUGUGAGGUUGGGUCUUGGAUAUAAUGGUGUUUGUUUGGUUUUAUGUGUCAUGUAUUUUUUAAGGCACCUACUCAAAUGAAUAUGCUAAAAACAUCUUUCAUAAAGAUAUUUGUGUUAAAA